AUGGCUAACGCGAGCGAUAGAAAGCCUACCGCCGCCAGCACAAAACUUAAAGUCCGAGACACGGGAAACACCCGGCCGGCUGAGAAACCUAGUAAAAUGGAAAAAAAGAAGACGGCGAACUCGGCGAAUGUGAUAGCGUCCAGGACGAAAAACACUUAUGGACAUGUCCCAAUGACGGAGGCUCGAUGCAAACGGACGGACAUUUCUUCCGACCCAAUAACGACGCGGUCACAAAAGUGA